CUCGGUGUGACGAGCUGCUUCCUGACCAGACCUGCCGGGAGCCACACCUCGGACCCGAGAUCCGAGACCCGAGAUUCGAGACAAGUACCCGCGACCGAACGGCAGGAUCUAUACUCCAGACCCGGACCAUUCGGACCCUCUCGGAGUGUGAGCAGAGCCUGGGAGAAGGAGCGGAACGCGUUUCUGCUCUGUGGAGAACGAGGAAGAGGAGACGUCACCGGGUUCAACUGUUCCUGGUCCGGAAUCCCUGUUUCCCUGUUGCCGUGGUAACCACAUCCCAUGACCUGACUCCAGCAGCUGAAUGCCCCACAGCGUCGCCACGGAAACCAACCCCAGCGUGGCGCUCCGGGUGUCGCGGAGUCUCGGGAUGAGCGAGUUUUGGCACAAGAUGGGAUGCUGCGUGGUGGCCACGCAACCACAGAAGAGGAGGAGGAGGCCGAAGAUAGACCUCAGUAUGAUCGGGGAGCCCACCAACUUCAUGCACCUCACCCACAUCGGCUCUGGAGAGAUGGCCGACGGACCGUCAGGGUCGAUGCAGGAACAGAUGCGGUCGAAAGGACCCCCCACGAACGGCAGAAACAGUCUCUUAUAGUAGACAUAGAUAUAGAUAUAGAUACACAGCUAUAUCUAUAUCUAUAUCUACACGUCUCAUAUUGCUGUUCUGCAUUGACACAUCUGGUCCUGCUGGAUGCAAUCCUGUUCCAAACAUCUGGUCUCUCCCGGUCCUUCCUGGUCCCUCCUGGUCCCUCCUGGUCUCUCCUGGUCCCUCCCGGUCUCUCCUGGUCCCUCCUGGUCCCUCCUGGUCUCUCCUGGUCCCUACCGGUCUCUCCUGGUCCCUACUGGUCUCUCCUGGUCUCUCCUGGUCCCUCCUGGUCCCUCCUGGUCUCUCCCGGUCCCUCCUGGUCUCUCCUGGUCCCUCCUGGUCCCUCCUGGUCCCUCCUGGUCUCUCCCGGUCCCUCCUGGUCUCUCCCGGUCUCUCCCGGUCCCUCCUGGUCUCUCCUGGUCCCUCCCGGUCCCUCCCGGUCCCUCCCGGUCUCUCCCGGUCCCUCCUGGUCCCUCCUGGUUUCUCCUGGACCCUCCUGGUCUCUCCCGGUCUCUCAUGGACCCAGUACCCUGGCCCUCCAUCCCGGACCCUCUUCUUCUUCACCUUCCUCUCACUGCGUGUCCCCCCCCCCCUGGACAGACCCCCACAGUGCCUGGAGGACAGACGGACUACUGGACUAGUAAUGAAAGACUCUUUGGGAGGAGGGGAGGUGUUGAUAAAGGCUGUCUUCAUGAGAUCAUUUCACUGCUGUUGUGUUAGCUGUUGUUAGCUAUUGUGUUAGCUGUUGUGUUAGCUGUGGUGUUAGCUGUGGUGUUAGCUGAUGUGUUAGCUGAUGUGUUAGCUGUGGUGCUAGCUGUGGUGCUAGCUGAUGUGUUAGCUGAUGUGUUAGCUGAUGUGUUAGCUGUUGUGUUAGCUGAUGUGUUAGCUGUUGUGUCGUGGUGGUUUCUAAACAACGGGGACCUGCUCGCUUAACCCAGUGACUCCUCUGUCUGGGAGGAGGAGUCACUGGUUAGUCAUUAACCUAACGAGUGGAGAAAGGUUCAGUACGGUGCAGUUUGGUGGAGUAAGGUUCAGUUAGGUGGAGCAAGAUGCAGUUAGGUCGAGCAAGGUGCAGUAAGGUGGAGUAAGGUGCAGUCAGGUGCAGUAAGGUGAAGUGAGGAGCAGUCAGGUGGAGUAAGGUGCAGUCAGGUGGAGUAAGGUGCAGUCAGGUGGAGUAAGGUGCAGUCAGGUGGAGUAAGGUGCAGUCAGGUGGAGUAAGGUGGAGUGAGGAGCAGUCAGGUGCAGUUAGGUGGAGUAAGGUGGAGUGAGGAGCAGUCAGGUGGAGUAAGGUGCAGUUUGGUGGAGUAAGGUGCAGUCAGGUGGAGUAAGGUGCAGUUUGGUGGAGUAAGGUGCAGUCAGGUGGAGUAAGGUGCAGUCAGGUCGUUGGAGUAAAGUGAAGUUAGGUGGAGAAAGAGUAAAGAAACACCUACUGGUCCUCUCCCCCUAAUUUCUCCCUCCCUCCUCUCUCCCCCAGAGAGGGAGACAGACAGGGAGCUUGAGAGGUUGAGAGAAAGAGGGGGAGACAGACAGACAGACAGACAGCGGUGGGCAGGGUGAGACAGAGAGAGAGACAGGGACUCUGUCUCUCUGUGGAGGAGCAGCAGGAUGGUUUUGUCGGGGUCUGAAAUGACCCCCAGCUCUUCUUGGGACUGGUCAGACUAGCAGCCAUCUUUUGUUUUACUGUUUGUUCAAUUUGGUUCUUAAUAAUCCUCACAUUCCUUCUGCUGGUUCUACUGGGAGCUGCCCAGUAGAACACAUUCAACCACAGUGCUACGGGGGGACAGAAUCCUGAAAUAAAAAGUAUUUUCCCAAAAGGAUUAUUAAAUGUGUUCUGAUUACAAAGUCUCUCUGGUCUGUUUCUGCUGUCGCUCUGCUGGUACGGUGUGAAGGUUGUUCUGGUACGGUGUGAAGGUUGUUCUGGUACGGUGUGAAGGUUGUUCUGGUACGGUGUGAUGGUUGUGCUGGUACGGUGUGAUGGUUGUG